AUGAGACAGUGGUUCUUGGUAGCAGUCGUCGCCUCGGCGAUUGCUCUUAUCGAAGGCAGCGAGGAAAUAGAAUGUCCGAAGAAUGCUACCAGGGAUGAGGUAACCAUUCCUCACGAAACGGAUUGCCAGAAGUAUUACCUAUGCGUGGGACAAGAAAAAGUGAAUAUGACAUGCGACCAAUACAAGUGCUUCAAUCCCGAACUGAGGGCCUGCGAUUGGCCCUGGAUGGUACCUUGCUGUAGCACGUACAUGAUAACAUCCCGUCCAUUCACCUGCAGGGACAAGGAACCUUAUGACAAUGACUGCCAAAAAUAUUUACAGAAUGGUAUUCUUAAAUGCUGCCCCGAAUAUCAUUUUUACCGUAUAGACACUUGCACGUGUGAACCUGUAAGUGAAGUACCACCAGGCAGGUGUUUCCCGCCUCCGAAAGGAGAACCACCUUGCUGGACGUGGACAACAACUCCGGAGACAACAACUAUUGAUAUGUGCACCGAUAGGGAAGUGUAUGAAAGGGAUUGUCAAAAAUAUUUGGAGAAUGGCAUACGUAAAUGCUGCCCCGAAGAUCAUUUUUAUAGUAAAGACACUUGCACGUGUGAACCUAUAAGUGAAGUACCAGAAGGCAGGUGUUUCCCGCCUCCGCAAGGAGAACCUCCCUGCUGGACGCUGUCAACAACUCCGGAGACAACAACUACUGAUAUGUGCGCUGUUAGACAGGUGUAUGAAAGGGAUUGUCAAAAAUAUUUGGAGAAUGGCAUACGUAAAUGCUGCCCCGAAGAUCAUUUCUACAGUACAGACACUUGCACGUGUGAACCUAUAAGUGAAGUACCAGAAGGCAGGUGUUUCCCGCCUCCGAAAGGAGAACCUCCCUGCUGGACGCUGUCAACGACUACGGAGACAACAACUAUUGAUAUGUGCGCCGAUAGAGAGGUGUAUGAAAGGGAUUGUCAAAAAUAUUUGGAGAAUGGCAUACGUAAAUGCUGCCUCGAAGAUCAUUUCUAUAGUACAGACACUUGCACGUGUGAACCUAUAAAUGAAGUACCAGAAGGCAGGUGUUUCCCGCCUCCACCAGGAGAACCUCCCUGCUGGACGCUGUCAACAACUACGGAGACAACGACUAUUGAUAUGUGCGCCGAUAGAGAGGUGUAUGAAAGGGACUGUCAAAAAUAUUUAGAAAAUGGCAUUCGUAAAUGCUGCCCCGAAGAUCAUUUUUAUAGUAAAGACACUUGCACGUGUGAACCUAUAAGUGAAGUACCAGAAGGCAGGUGUUUCCCGCCUCCGCAUGGAGAACCGCCAUGCUGGACGCUGUCAACAACUACGGAGACAACAACUACUGAUAUGUGCGCUGUUAGACAGGUGUAUGAAAGGGAUUGUCAAAAAUAUUUGGAGAAUGGCAUUCGUAAAUGCUGCGCCGACGAUCGGUAUUAUAAUAUAGUCACUUGCACGUGUGACUCGCAAAGUCAGGCACCAGUAGGUAGAUGUACAUCGCUGCCAAAGGGAGAAAAACCCUGUUGGCAGAUAAAUGAUUCAACGGAGACAACAACUAUUGGUGUGUGCACUGAUAAGGAGGUGUAUGAAAAUGAUUGUCAAAAAUAUUUACAGGGUGGCAUUCCUAAAUGCUGCCCUGACGAUCGUUAUUAUAAUAUAGUCACUUGCACGUGUGACUCGCAAAGUGAGGCACCAGUAGAGUGGUUCUUGGUGGCAGUCGUCGCCACGGCGAUUGCUCUUAUCGAAGGCACCGAGGAAAUAGAAUGUCCGAAGAAUGCUACCAGGGAUGAGGUAACCAUUCCUCACGAAACGGAUUGUCAGAAGUAUUACCUCUGCGUGGGACAAGAGAAGGUGAAUAUGACAUGCGACCAAUACAAGUGCUUCAAUCCGGAACUGGGGGCCUGCGAUUGGCCCUGGAUGGUACCUUGCUGUAGCACGUACGUGAUGACAUCACGUCCAUUCACCUGCAGGGAUAAGGAACCUUAUGACAAUGACUGCCAAAAAUAUUUACAGAAUGGUAUUCUUAAAUGCUGCCCCGAAUAUCAUUUUUAUCGUAUAGACACUUGCACGUGUGAACCUGUAAGUGAAGUACCACCAGGCAGGUGUUCCCCGCCUCCGCACGGAGAACCACCUUGCUGGACGUUGUCAACAACUCCGGAGACAACAACUAUUGAUAUGUGCCCCCAUAGGGAAGUGUAUGAAAGGGAUUGUCAAAAAUAUUUAGAGAAUGGCGAACGUAAAUGCUGCCCCGACGAACAUUUUUAUAGUACAGACACUUGCACGUGUGAUCCGCAGAAUGAAGCACCAGUAGGCAGAUGUACAGCGCUGCCAAAGGGAGAAGAAGCGUGUUGGCAGAUAAAUGAAUCAAUGACGACUCCUAGUUCAACGGAGACAACAACUGUUGACAUGUGCGCUGACAGAGAGGUGUAUGAAAGGGAUUGUCAGAAAUAUUUAGAGAGCGGCGAACGUAAAUGCUGCCCCGAUGAUCAUUUUUAUAGUACAGACACUUGCACGUGUGAACCGGAGGAUGAGGCUCCACUAGGCAGAUGCAGAGCGCUGCCAAAGGGAGAAGAACCGUGUUGGAAGAUAAAUGAAUCAAUAACGACUCCUAGUUCAACGGAGACGACAACUGUUGACAUGUGCGCUGACAGAGAGGUGUAUGAAAGGGAUUGUCAAAAAUAUUUAGAGCAUGGCGAACGUAAAUGCUGCCCCGAUGAUCAUUUUUAUAGUAACGACACUUGCACGUGUGAACCGAAUGAGGAGGCUCCAUUAGGCAGAUGUAAAGCGCUGCCAAAGGGAGAAGAACCGUGUUGGAAGAUAAAUGAGUCAAUAACGACUCCUAGUUCAACGGAGACGACAACUGUUGACAUGUGCGCUGACAGAGAGGUGUAUGAAAGGGAUUGUCAAAAAUAUUUAGAGCAUGGCGAACGUAAAUGCUGUCCCGACGAACAUUUUUAUAGUAACGACACUUGCACGUGUGAACCGGAGGAUCAGGCUCCAGUAGGCAGAUGUAAAGCGCUGCCAAAGGGAGAAAGACCGUGUUGGGAGAUAAAUGAUUCAACAACGAUUCCUGCUAUAACGGUGAUGUCUACUACCACGGUAGAAAAUAAAAUACCAGACGCGUCUAGUAGUACAACGGAUGUUUCUAGUACUACGACGGGAAAUAGUAUAGCGGAUGUUUCUAGUACUACGACGGAAAAUAGUACAGCGGACGUUUCUAGUACUACGACGGAAAAUAGUAGAGCGGACGUUUCUAGUACUACGACGGAAAAUAGUAUAGCGGACGUUUCUAGUACUACGACGGAAAAUAAUACACCCCAUGCAUCUAAUCUUGCGAUGGAAUACGAUGAAAUGGUGGAUGAUGUCUGA